AUGUCACCAUCAAAUUCAAAUAGAUUCUUCUCACGUCUACGAUCAUUAAUAACAAAUCAAUCGAAUAAUAAUAGAGAAGAAAUUACUCAUAGAAGAAGAAAACAAGAACGAAAUUAUGCAUCAGCUAUAUUUAGUAUGUUUUCUAUAGCUACAUUAGCUGUCAGUCUAUUUGAUUAUCGUUGGUUUUGGGUAAAAGGUGGUCUAUGUAAUUUUAAAUAUAUUGGUUUAAAUAUGUUUUUUUCUUUGGGAAAAUUAUUUGUUGUACGAGCUCCUGUUCCGUGGGAUUCAUCAGCACCGAUGAAUGAAAUUUAUCAAUUUAAACCAAAUAAUAAUAUAGAAUUGACUGGUUGUGUCGAUACACGUUCAUUAUUAAUACUUCGUUUAAUGAUAACAUUAAUUUGUCUAGCAGUUGUUUCCUCAACCAUUGGAUUUAUAUUAGAUGCAUUAGGAGCAAUGAAAUAUUCAUUUAAAUUUAUGAGACGUUAUGCUUUUUGGUAUAUACUAUCAGUUUUUCUAUGUAUAAUCGUACUUGGCCUUAGUUUUUAUGUAUCAGAAAUAAUCUAUUCAAUACAAGAUAAGACUCGUUUAAAAAUUGGGAAAAAAAUUGAAGUACAAUUUGAUAUAGCAUAUUAUCUCGUUGUGAUAUCGAAUAUCCUUUCACUAUUCGCUAUUGCUUUUGCACUCUUAAGAAAAUAUCCAACAAACGAAGAAGAAGAUUUUGACAGAUUAAUUGAUAAUUGGUCAAGACGUGAACAACCAUUAUUUUUUGAACGCGCACUACCAGCAGUUACUCCCGAUAAUGAUGAACCGCCACCAGAUUAUCAUUCCGAAGAAAAUUUACUUGUUUUCUAUGUGUACCAAAUUUUAGAUAAUGAAAAUAUUUUAUUCAAAAAUUCUAAGUUCUUUCUGAUUGCCUAUGUGUCACUACUCAUCAUGGUUCUUUCUGAAAAACAAAAACAUGAACUUAAUCAAGCGAUUGCUGAUUAUCUUGUGACAAAUGGUUAUACUGUAUCAUGUAAAGAAUUUUGUAGAGAAGCGAAUAUCCCUAUAAACGAUAGCGCUGACAAAAAAGAUCAAUUAGAAAAAAAAUGGACUUCCGUUAUAAGAUUACAGAAAAAAGUGAUGGAUCUCGAGUUAAAACUACAAGAAGCACUUCAAGAGGCAACAGUAGGCGGACCUACAAGAGAAAAACGUUCACCCGGCGAAUGGAUACCUCGACCUCCUGAAAAAUUUGAACUAAGAGGUCAUCGUGAUACGGUGACGCAUGUUGUCUUUCAUCCAACUUUCGAUGUAAUAGCAUCGGCCAGUGAAGAUGCCACAAUCAAAAUUUGGGAUUAUGAGUCAGGUGAACACGAACGAACCUUAAAAGGUCAUACAGCACCGGUGCAAGAUAUCGCUUUUGAUCAUACUGGAAAGUGGCUCUUAUCAUGUUCGGCUGAUAUGAGCAUUCGACUAUGGGAUUUUCAAACAUAUCAAUGCAUAAAAACAAUGCAUGGUCAUGACCAUAAUGUAUCUUCAGUAACAUUUACUCCUAGUGGUGAUCAUAUAAUAUCGAGUAGUCGUGAUAAAACAAUUAAAAUUUGGGAAGUAUCAACAACAUUUUGUAUUAAAACUCUUAUUGGUCAUCGAGAAUGGGUACGUAUGGUACGUGUUUACCAAGAUGGAACACUCAUUGCAAGCGCAUCAGUUGAUCAUACGAUAAGAAUAUGGUCGCUGCCAAGCGGUGAAUGUAAAAGUGAAUUACGCGGUCAUGAAAAUGUUGUUGAAUGUAUUGCGUGGGCAACUGACUCUGCUGGACCAUAUAUAUCAGAACCUAUUGCUAAUGGCGGAACGGAGAUGCAACCACGCUCUGGCCCUUAUCUUGUAUCCGGUGCACGUGAUAAGACAAUUCGAAUUUGGGAUGUUACAAAUGGAUUAUGUUUACUUAUAUUGACUGGCCAUGAUAAUUGGGUUCGUGGUCUUCUCUUCCAUCCGGGUGGAAAAUAUCUAUUGAGUUGUUCUGACGAUAAAACUUUACGUGUGUGGGAUAUAAAAAAUAAAAGAAAUACCAAAACUAUCGAUGCUCACACUCAUUUUUGUACUUCACUAGAUAUGCAUCGAAAUAAACCAUAUGUGAUUACCGGCAGUGUAGACACAUCAGUUAAAGUAUGGGAAUGUCGUUAG